AUGGCCACCAAUUCGGUGCACCUCAAAGGCAAUCGCGCCGAUAUUGAGCGUGACAUUGCUAAUAACAUUCUCUUCAAGUACUUCAAUUUCAUGAAUGGUCGCAACUACACUGAUCUGGCGACGAGAUUCGUCAAUUGCGGAGAACGCCUGCAUGACGAACAGCUUCUGGAGCCGUACCACUACAUUCUGCAGUGCACUGGCAAGCAGAUUCGCACCAAGUUGAUUCAGGCCUUCAACCACUGGCUGGAGAUCCCUGAAGAUAAGCAAAAGAUAAUCAGCGAUGUCAUUGAAAUGCUCCACAACUCUAGUCUGCUUAUCGACGACAUUGAAGACAACGCCACUCUUAGGCGAGGCAUUCCGGUGGCGCACAACAUCUUCGGCAUCGCGUCAACAGUCAACUCUGCCAAUUACGUCUACUUUCUCAGUUUGGAGAAGCUCAUCAAAACAUUCCCUUCUGAUGUCUGUGCCGAGGCAGUUACCAUCUUCACGAACCAGCUGCUGGAGCUACACCGUGGCCAGGGUCUGGACAUUUACUGGCGUGACUCGUUCACCUGUCCGACUGAGGAAGAAUACAUGGACAUGAUUCAAAGAAAGACAGGUGGUCUUUUUGGCCUCGGAGUCAGCCUGAUGCAGUUGUUUAGCGAGGAUAAACGCGACUUUUCAAAUCUCAUCAGACUGCUGGGUACCUACUUCCAAAUACGAGACGACUACUCGAACCUAAAGUCCGCCACGUACGAAGAGAAUAAAAGCUACUGCGAAGACCUGACUGAAGGGAAGUUUUCCUUCCCAAUCAUUCACGCAAUUCGCAACCACCCGGACGAUAAAACGCUGAUCAACAUCAUCAAGCAGCGAACGCAAAAUGUAGAGCUCAAGAGGUACGCUGUUAACCGCCUUGAAGCUUUUGGAUCGUUUGAGUACACUAUGACGACAAUGAAUGACCUGAGCGACAAGGCCAUCAAAGAGGUGGAGCUGCUAGGAGGCAAUCCCUACCUGAAUCAGUUGCUCGAAUACUUGAAGGAAAUCUAA